CCCAAGAUGGCGGACGACGUGCAACGGGAACGUAUAACUUGUGCCUUCUUUUUGAAACGAAAACACCGUUUUUGCCGAAUGACAGUUUCAGGGGGAAGCAAAUAUUGCGGAGAGCAUAGGAUUUUUGAUGAAGAAUCUAAAGUAAGCCUUAAUUGAUCAAGUUUAAAUGUUUGUUUUAAAUUUGUUUUCUUUAUGCAAGAACUGUAUACAUGAUAAAGUAAGAGAGAUUCUUACAGAUUAUUGCAACUAGCAUCCCAGAAAUUGGUUGACUUUGUAGUACCACUCGCGUAUACGUUAACCAAAAAACGCGAAUAAAACAUGCCAAAAAUCGCAUGCAAUUGCGAAUAAAAAAAUCGUGCGCGUCAAAAAAUCGCACGUGCGCGCAUAAGAUUGAUACAUCUGCCUCAUUAGUGCGUACGAGGUAGUCCUUUUGUUUGUCUGUUGUUGGCAGUUUAUCGUUUUAAAGAAUAGGCUACAGUGUAACAGCACUAAAAUACUACAUGACUAGCAAGACAAGCAAACUUGUUUAUUUUAAUCACGGUUCGAACCGAUCUUCCUGAUAUGCUGUUACUAAUGCGACUUUGUAAUCGGAAUAAAUAAAUGACUUAUCAUUUUCCGAAGGAAUUCUUUCAUCAAUAUAGCUAUUUCUCACUACGUAUUAAAAAAAUAUGCAUCACAACUGCAUGGGAAUUUGAUCAAAAUAAAUUUAUUCUCAGUGUAUUGGAAUUCGGUAGAAAGCUAAGGUGCCUGUUUGUAACCAGUUGUCAUGUUCUGAAUGCAAACCCAGAUGCAAAUGCUUAUUUCAUAGCUUUUGUCAUUGGUGAACAUGCUGUUCUCGAAAACUGGUUUGUUCAUCUGGCCAUUUAUACAAAAACUAAGUUUUACUUGCUUAUUUCAAUGGUGUUGUGUUUCAGUAUGGUUACCUGUCAUGACUAUGUCUUGUUGUGACUCGUAUACAAAUUUUUAUGGGAAGCUGGAUUUGUUUCUUGUUUUGAUAUUUGUCAAAUCAUUGAUUGAUGUUCACCAAAUUGCUCUUAAAAAGGAAAGGAAAAAUUAAAUGCAGGAUACAUGAAGUUCUAGUUUGUUUAAGACUUGCCGGUGUGUGCAAUUAGACAAAACACCAAUACAGCAAUAAUCAAACUCAUUUCAGUCAAAGUGGUAAUCCAAGACUUCAGUAAAAUUGGUGGCUCCUAAGGGAGCCAUUUGUUCAUUAAGGAAGCUGUUAGUAGCGCAAGGCUCUUCCUUUGUGUUGGAGUAUAGCAGGAAUAACUUUUCAGAGGUGGCUAAUGUAUUUGUAGCACUUAGCAGCUGUCACAGAGUCCUGGAACCUAUGGAUGCCUGUGGCAAGUUUGUCCUUGUUGGUUGGCUUGACAAGGCGACGCAAGAAUAUUUUCAGUUUUAGCCAGAGAAGCUCUAUGUUUUUAGUUUUCAGAUGAAUGUUGGUCUUUGACGUUGUGAUUUACUGUAACUUGACCUUUCCUCGAUGUAAUAUGAUGUGCUCUGCAAUCAGACAUCAUCAUGUGCAAUGCAAAAUGAAACUGUUGACAUUCUGGUGUGUAAACACUGAAGUGAGUGGUGAUUGCAAUGAAUAAAAUAAAUCAUUAUUCACAAUCUUAAAUUAAGUAUAUUUCCUUCUGAUCCUCAUCAACACGUGCAAAAAAUCAUAAUUUAUAUACACAUCUGACUACCCUGUGUCUGAGCAUAUGAAAUUCAUCUUUGUGGUUAACAUAUACACAAGUGGUACUAUACCUGACACUUAUACCAGCAUACUCCAGGGUGAAGAGUGUUAUGAGAGUAGGCUGUCUUACCCUAAAAUAGGACAAAAUAUGACACUAUAAACCUGCCAGCGCUUGAUAUUAGACCUACCAAUCCACAGUCCAGCUGUUAUCUGCAUCUCCUACAGCCUGCAAUAACACGUUAUAACCCUCUGACUCCUGGAUCAUUUUCAUAGAGCUUUUUUUCUAUGUGAUUCAAGUCUUUGGAAUAAGAUGACAAAGUCCUUUUUAUUUGGUCUCUCCCACAACAGGGUGCAGGACGAAAAAGGAUCACUUGUCCUCUGGAUAGGAAACAGUAAGAAUGAUAGAUAACUGUAGAUUAUUCAUAAGUCAAGUGAUUCCUCUCAAUGCUCUAAUCAAAGCUACAACAAAAUUCUCUCACAUAUUGGUUAUCACCAGCCCAAUUUGAGAACCAAUAGGACAGUGUAUGCAUCAUGCUUAUAAUUGGACAGUAUGAUAGGACAGUUGAAGGGACAGACUUGCCUGUGCAAGUGAACAGAAUGCGUCAUGUGUGCUGUUGUCUUGAAUUUUGCUGAGUUAACUGUAUUUUUUUUUUUAUGAAAACUUACAACCAAUGUCUAGUUUCUAUCUCAAAUCUUGUCAUAGUUUUGAUUAAUUGGUAAUAGGACCUUGUGUUGUCCAAUUCUGUCUGUAAUAAUACUUGUGAUUAACAGAUCAAACUCCUCCUUUGUGGUCAUCUGAUUUUGUCAAUCACUCUUAUGAUUAUAAAUCAAAUUGGACUCCACUUUGUCCUAUUACCAUUAUUGACCCUUUAACUCCCAUGAGUGACCAAGACAGAAUUUCUCCUUGCAAUAUCAAUACAAUAUCAAGCAGAUAAGUGAUGAGAGUAAAGAAAACUAUCAAUUUGGGGAUAACUAGUUGAUCCAAUACUAAAUUCUUUGAACUAACAUUAUAAGUAUUGUAUGACAGACAGUAAGGAGAGUUAUAAAUUUGAUCUGGGAGUUUACCCUUUAAUAAUAUGAAACACAAUACACUACAAAAACUUUUUUUCUAUACCAAAGGGAAGAGGAAAACAUUCAAGUUAGUUUAUGAGCUUAUCCCUCUAAGGCUGACCAUGGUCUAGACAAAACACAUGAAGUGGAUAGAAGUCUGGGCAAUCUUGUGGAUGGAUGCUUGAUCACUGCAAGUUAUGGCUCAGUAUUUUUUCAGGUUUUCCUGACAGUUCACUGGCACUCAUUUAUUGCCAAAGUCAAGAGAUGUACUUUGAGAGAAAUUAAACUGUUAACUACAGGGGUUUCAAUAACUUUUCCACUGUGCCUGGUAAGGAGGGUUAAGGCUAAACAUAAACCCAAGGGCUUGUUUGGAAGCUAUGAAUCACCUGUAAAUAUGUAUAAAUUAUGACAAUGACAAAAAUUUAUUUAAACUUCAUCUGUUGAUAAAUAGUGAGGCUGUUAAAAUGUUGAAGAAUAUCUCAGUAAUUUCUUUGCUGCUACAUUUAUGUUAUAAAUUUUAAUAUCUGUCGUUCUAAUUCAUAGCACAGUAUUUGAAGACCAGCUUGGAAGUCACCUCAAGAAAUGCAAUCAAACAAAAAAAACUCAAGUUGUAAGUAAGAAAAAUUAUGGGUUAACAGAAAAUAAUUAUACAUAUUCCUAUGACGUACAUACAUACUGUACUUAUUUCCCUACAGGUUUAGAGGGUUUUGAGAGAGAGGCUCACACAACAUGUAGAGGUGUUCAGUGGAACACAAGCAAUGAUGGGAAGGGGGGGUUUGAAAUAGAUUUUUUAAAAUUAGUUUUGAUCUUUUUUAUAUCUUCCUGUUUUUGUUGACCUUUUAACCCCUGAGAGUCACUGGCUUCUGAUUUUUCUUUAGAGCACCACCUUUGAAUCAAGGGUAAAGGUUAUGAGAAUAACAGGGAUGAUCAUAAAUUUAAGAGGCUCCUGAUUGACAAUAAAAUUCUCCUUUUCAUUAUCAUAGGAUAUGAAGAGAGAACAGUGUGGAGAAUUGAUAGUGUUGUUUUGGUGUAAAGGGCUAACCCUUUGACCCCUUAGAGUGACUGAUUAAGUGAAGGGAGUUUUGAGUAAUUUUACACUGUACAUGUACCACCUCUUUGAUUUUGUUUUGUGUUUUUUUUGUAGGUCUACUACAGUGCUAACAUCAACUCUGGUAUACCAAACUACGAAUUCUCUACAGCAGAAAGGGUAUGUUCUUUACAAGUCAGAUUUUAUAAUUUGAAGUUUACAGACACUUGUAAGACCACAACAUCCUUAUUGUGUCAAAUCACAUAUACUAAUGUAUCUACAGCAAACAGAUAUUGGGAUAGGAAAUGACUCUCAAAACUUGAUGAUAUUUUGUUUUGGCCAGAACUUAGUAAAAAGGCACAUUGUCAUUUUCCCAUAAGGGUUAGACUCAUAUUUUCCUAAAAUUUGAAUUCAGGAUAUGUUUUAGAAGAAUGAAUGCAACUAGGUCUCAAUCUAGGUGUUUUUAUGGAGGGUAAUUGCUUCCUCAGACAACCUCUUACUUGUGCUGCUGUUGUACAGUGUAUUUUACAACUGAUGUGGUCUUCCAUGCUGAGAUUUUGAGACACAUUCAAAAGGGCCAGUUAUUUAAACAAAGUUUAGCUUUUGUUUAUCAAAACUAUGUUCUAAACUACCUUUUAUCUGAACAUUUAUUUUUGUGAACAGUGUUAAGAAGGCUGAAUCCUAACAGUGGAAGGACAUUUACUUUAUUAAAUAAAUCCUUUUAUAGAGAAUACCCGAGGGCCAUUUUUUGCACUACUACGUGGCUGCCAAAUAUACGUCUAGGGCAACAACAGCAACUAUUCCGAUGCCAGUGAAUAUUGAAAUGGAUUGGCUUGAUACGGUUUACAUGUGAAAAACAUGAUACGCGGCCCCUGACUAAAUGCCUUGUUUUCCUCUCUAAUCAAAACCAUGGUUUGGGUUGGACCUUGUUUGAGUAACCAGCCCAUCAUCUUUAUUUUCCAAAUGUCAAGAUUAUGCAUUGUUCUACUACUCCUUGACUAUGGUGAACUUGCCAAAUGUAGCAAUACUAGAGGGUCAAUAUUACUGGCAAAAGCUGUCCUCAUCCUUUGAUAUCAAAGAUAUUUACACUAGUUUAGAUCUCAGUGGCUUCCAGAGAGCAAUAAUUCUCUGGACAAUCCUAGGUGGCUGAUACUAGUUGUUGCUAACUACAAAACAACAGCUUGUUAGGGUUUAUUUUUUUUUUUUUUUCAUCAAAAGAGGUACUCAGGGCAAUAAAAGGGAAAGUAAAACUGCUUUAGGAAAUUUGUGAAAUGUUAAGUUUGUGAAUUAUAGUGUUCCUUCAAAAUAUUUAUACAGAGGGAAGGUUAAGGGUCAUGCAUUAAGUUAAAGAAGAAAUUGAGUGAAACAAGAAUUUUUGGGAUUUAUCAACAGAAGUCUCGCAACUAAUAAAUUGACAAGGGUUGUAAAAACCAGGUUAAUUGUGGGUGGAAGUAUUAUUGAAAAUUUGUUUUGUCUGGGAAUUUUAUUCCAUUCUAGGCUUCGUUGAGUUCUGUUUCUCAGGAGAAAGUUUUAUGGUUAAUCAACAAAGUUAAUGAAUGUUAUAAAGGUAUUGUGCAUAAAACAACUACGUAAGUUUGUUUCUAUUUGCAUGCAUUGAAUGCUGUAGAUUCAAACUUAUUUUACUCUAAAUAUUCAUGUUAAUUACAACUAAGCUUUUAGAAUCUACAGAACUAAUUACAUGUUUUUGGUGGUCUUCAAUGACAAGGAUUUAAACAAUAACUAAACAUCGGUUGGCAGGUCUUGAAUUUGUGGCUUGUUAAUGUUGCUUAAGCUUAUUUCCUCCUGCGUUAGAUUUAUAAAGGUUUUUUCUAGCACACUUUUCUGGGCUGUGAUAAUUGUUGCUUUCAAGCUAUGCUUUUCAACAAAUCCUUAAAUCCUACCAAUGUCCUAAGAGCUCUCUAUGUUUUAUCAGAAAUAAAGGGUAAUUUUGAGUGUUACUUUUUUGAUAUUCAGCUCAUGUUCCUAAAAUCACGGAGGAAGUCCUAUUUCAUAAUGUUUUUCAAGAAGAAGUUACAGAAAUGGUGGAUAAUCCUGCUGUUUUAAAACAUUUAAAACAACAGGUACUCAAAUUCUUUUGUACCGAAUCCUGUAUCUGAUUGUCUUUGUAAUCUAUGAAUAUCUUCCCAACUACCUUACCACCUACAAUUUAAAAACCUUUUAGGUCAUUUUACAAGCUUUCAAAAAUAAGAGAACUGUAGCACAAUAGUAGAAAAUGUUUUUAGAGUUUUUUUAGUUGCCAAAGAAAAUGAAUAGUUAUGGUACCCCCCUCCCCCCCAAAAAUAAAUGAACAAAUUGAAAAUAAAAAUGAACAUCAAACAAGUUAAAUUUGUAUGACACAUCUUCAAUCUUCUCUAAUCGAAAUGAUUUUUCUAAAAUUUUAUUUCUGGUCAGGCUUCUCUUAUUGGUCAUAUGGACAAGCUACAUCUUUUAGAACCCAGUACAAUAUUCUUGGAAUUCGGAGCUGGCAGAGGUAAGUUUAUGUUUGUCUAGAAGAAGAGGCAGAAAGAGAAGUUAUAUUCAUUUGUUACUUUUCCCAGGCCUGUGAGUGAGUGAGUUGUGUACCGUAGUUUCAAACUGAGCUUAGAAGUGGUUCUGUGAGUCAAAUUGACCGUGAGACCUCUGUAAGUGAACAGAAUAGAACAGAUUAGUAUAUACUAAUACAGUGAAUAGCACUGAAGGCGCGCUCUGAUUGGCUACUCAAACUCCGAAUACAUGUAUCCUUUGCUAUUCAAUUGCCAGCAAAUCGCGCAGGAUUUGCACCUGAAAAUGUUGGAAUCAAUGAGCUAAAAUCAACUUUCCGUGCUGUAUUAUCUUACUGUUUUGUAUAUGCAGUGGACGUGGAUUGCUCGUAAUCUAAGAUUUAUUAGUUCUGGUGAUUCAACAUUGUAGGAAAGUUGUCUCAUUGGCUUCAGCUUGCUGUGGGUAAUGGUGCAAAGGAUGUAGACUAUCUACUCAUUGACAGAGCAAGUAACAGAUAUAAGGUAUGUAAUCACCUGCAGAUGAAAAUCAAGCAAAGAAAUGAUGGUCGUAGGUCAGCUGCAAUUUAAUCAAUUGCAGAAAAGAAGCCUAAAAAAAGUUAGGCUUCGACGGGAUUUGAAUUACUACUACACCAUCGGCAGCCGUUUAUGGAAACAGUUAUUAAAAUCCCUGGUUUGAAUCCUCCAGUCAAUCAAAAUUUAACAAGACAGACUCAUUUUUUUCUGUUUGUUUCUGUUGAUAGCCACACGCUAUCAUGUUUCUCACUUGACUGUCUGUCUUUCACGGAAUAGACGACGAGUAGCGUUGCCAAUCCGUUGGAGCAUUUGUGUUAGAACGUUUGUAGAUCUUUUCUGACGCUGAAUAUCCUACGUUCCACUUGAAUUUCCCGAGAAUACCAUGAAAAUAAGUUCGUCUUGCAAAAACUGUACGGCACUGACAUCUAAUUUUGUUGUUUUAUCAUCAGUAUGAUCGCUAUCACAGAGGAGAGGAUCAGGGACCGUCUUUUAAGCGAUUAAACUUGGACAUUAAACACCUUGAUUUAAGUAAGCAUGAUAUAGUGAAAUUUUCAAUCGAGUGUCGAAAGUAUUAUUCGGGAUUGCAUUGGUUUUUCGUAACUUCGCUAGGUGAUUUGUCCCGAAAACUCGCGCCACUGUCGCAACCAAUCAGACUUCACUAAAACCAAUUACGACUUGGUCGCUUGGCGCGUUUUCCCGCGCUUAAGUCAGUUGACUUGGUCACUCGCGUCUUCCCGCGCCUAACCUUUUGACCCCUAAGGGUGACUAGUAUCCAAUUUCUCCUCACAAUAUCACCCCUGAAUCACACAUUAAGGUCAUGCUAAUAAAAGAGGUGGUCAAUAACUAAAGAUUCUCUCGAUUGUUAAACUAAUUCUCCUUGUCAGCGCCUCAGGAAUUGUACAGAGAACAGUAUGGAGAAUGUGCAUACUGGUGUUAGGGUUUAAAGGAUUAAGUCUGUCUGGUCACUCGCGUUUUCCCGCGCUUUUGUCAGUUGACUUGGUCACUCGCGUUUUCCCGCGCUUUAGUCAGUUGACUAGGUCACUCGCGUUUUCCCAGGCGUAAGUCAGUUUCCUUGUUCUUAACAAGUUAAUUUGGUUGUAUCAACUUGAUAAUGUGAAUCGGCCUCUGUAAAGAGUUUCAAAGUCGACGUUUCGAGCGUUAGCCCUUCGUCAUUGGCCGUGAUGUUUGGGUUACCUUUGCUACGAUUGGCUAUUGUGAUUACUUUGGCUUUGGUUCUUCGUCGCUCAAUCGAAAUGCGCGCUAUCAUUAAGUUUGGUUUAAAAUAUGCAGUAUUUAUCUGGGCUAUUUCAAUAGAUCAUUACGUGAAUAUUAUUCUGUUAGCUUUUAAUCGGCACUCGGUUAAGUUGUAGUAUUCGUGCUAUGGUUUCGAACGUGUUUAAAUCAGUAUGUCAGAAAAGGCGCGAAAUAAGCCUUCAUUCACAAGCUGGUUGAAGAUGCCGAGGGCCAAUCACAAGAGGAAAACGAGACGUUUAGUCAGGGGCCGCGUGUCACGUUUUUCACGUGUAAACCGUAUCAAGCCAAUCCAUUUCAAUAUUCACUGGCAUCGGAAUAGUUGCUGUUGUUGUCCUAGAAGUAUAUUUGGCGGCCACGUAGUAGUUUAUUCCGCUAGUUAAUCUCUAGUGGAAAUAUUGAGCAUUGUGGUUCACUUGUGAAGAUUUGUUACACUGCAUCUCAUGUUUAUCUUCGAGAAGUUUUGUCUAGGAAUGCAGGCAGAAGAAUUUCUCAUCUUCAUUUUUCUUUUUCCUUUUGUUUCAGGUAAGGUGCCAUGUAUUCAAAAUAGUAAGCAGAAAGUUGUUGCUGUCAGCAAACACCUUUGUGGGGCUGCUACAGGUACGAUUUGUAGAAACGUAACGUUAAUCCUGUUAAGGACUGUACAUUUUGUCAAUUUGAGUUUGUAUGAAAAGGGUGUAUUUUAUCGUAAUCGAUCUUUCUAGAAGUUCUGUGUUCUGAUUGACUCUUCGAAACAAACUUUUUUGACAACCACCGUAUGUUAGGCUAUAUAAUUUUGCCUCUAGGGUGGAGAAGUAUGUUUCAUCUGUAGGAUUCCAAUAAAGCCGGUUACCGGCGGUAUAUCGCCGCCUAAAAGACCUCUUACCACCGUCUGUUUACCCUUAACUCCCAGAAGUGAUUAGCAUGUAACCUCUCCUUGUAAUAUUCAUCCAUUAUCCAGCAAACACUUUCUGAGAUUACCCAAACCGCUCCGCUUUGUUAUUGGUCCAGAAACCACGCGCCGCCCUCUCAACCAAUCAAAAUCGCGUUUUCCGCGUUUUGGAUAGUUUCUUGUCUUCUUUAUGAGUUAUUAUUGGCUACUGGUGAUGUUACAUUUAUUCUGAUAAGUCUUUUAUUCUGAGAUUUCUUUGAUUUUUGAAUUGUUUAGCGCUCCGUGCUACCAAAUAUCUGAAAUUGGUUGCUCCAGGAUUGUAGGCGACGCCUGAUAUAUUCAGCGACAGUAGACAAACGAAUAAUGUGAUGUACUGCGAUAUUUUUCUUGGCAGACUUGACUCUCCGUUGCUUAGUAGAAACAUUAGGUAACACCCAGAAGCAAUCAGAUCAUGACAACAGUACAAAAAACGACGCAUAUGAGACACGGAGGUUAGUGUGGUGUAUUUAUAUCAUUUUUUUUGGCCGCCAAAAAACAGUCUAUUUGUUAAAACCUUAGGCUCCUUACAGUCCUUAUGAUUUUAGUUUUUUAAGGUCUUUUUUUUCGCUAAACCGUAUUAUUUUAUAGCUGAGGGAAAGUGGGAUGAAAAUUUCGAACUGUACGUCGUUGAAUGCUGUGUGGUUACAUUUUCAGCGACAUCGCACUAUAAGUUUCUAAAGUGACGUCAGGUGAGAUCUCAGGGAAAGAAUUCUUGAUUUCUUAUUUGUUCGUUUCAGCACUGAAACUUACCGCGAUGGUCACUUCAAAUCAUAAAUAAUAACUGAAAGGAUUCUUCCUGUUUUAACUUGUAGAGAAGACAAGAGGAUAAAACUUGACCCCAACGAACGGCCAGUGAAAGGAGUGAUAUUGGCCCUGUGUUGUCACCAUUGUUGUUCUUGGCCUCAGUACGUUGGCAGACCGUUCCUUCAGAAUCUUGGCUUUACUGCAGAAGAUUUUCAUCUGCUGUGCUGCCUUAGUAGCUGGGCAACCUGUGGAAUAAGGUUAAGGGAACGUCGAAGGGGAGUUACUGAGCGGACUGUUGACAGAACAGGUGAGGAUUGGCCGGCUGUUCCUGUUGUCUUGGCACUAAACUGCUAGAAGUUGCCAUAUCUUUUUCCAUGUGAUAUGAAAAUUUUACGAAUUAUACGGAAUGUGCAAAAAUAAAUACUCACAAAAUAUUCUCCAUAAUACCCCCCGAAGAAAAUUCCAUACUGGAACCCCCCCGAAGGCAUAGAAUUUACAUAUUCUCCAUACUGUUCUCCCUUCGAAGAAUAAAAAGUUCCGAAGGCAGUUUAUUUUCCAUACUGUUUCCAUAUACCCCCCGAAGACAUAUUCCCAUACCCCCCCCCCCCGAAGGUAUAUUCUCCAUACUGUUCUCCAUACGUUACCUAAGAGGCUGAUAAGGAGAAUUGGUGUAACAAUCAACAGCUGCUUUAGUUGGUGAUCAUCUUCUCUAUUCUCAUGACUUUCAUGUUUGAUUCAGAGGUGAUAUAGAAGGGAGAAAUUAGACGCUAGUCACUCUCAGUGGCGAAAGGGUUAAGCAAUAACUCGUAUUCUCCGAAUUAGUAUUCGUUUCACACAGUCAGGAGAUAUAUGAUAAAUAUUUUGAUAACUUCGUGAAGUUUGUCUUCUUGUAUUGUACUGUGAGUUGUGGAUCCCAGGAUAUCCGUAAUGGCUAGAAAUGAGGAUCCGUAACUUACAUUACACAUCGAAAAGAAGAGAACGGUAUUAUAUCGGGUAUAUAUCGAGCUAUACACGGAGACAGAAGGUGUUUUUUCCCUGUGUUGAUAGCAUUUGUUAUUUCCACUUUUUUUUCGUCUUGUUCCAAAGAGAAUGACGACCGAGAAGGAGAUGACAGCCAUGACAUCUCAAUAGGAGACAUUACUCCGCAAGAAAUUAAUUCAGAGAAUGAUGAAGAAAGAAAAGAGGUUUAUGACGAAGACAGGUACCAAAUAUCUAUUCCCUUUUCCAGUACAGUUUUAGCUUACUUGAAAUUCUUUUCCCACCGGCAACAGAAUUUCUGAACGUUGAAGUCGCAGGUUGGAGUCCAAAGCUCGAUAAAAUCGGUAAUCACACGUUCGGCAUGGGUUUACCAGGCGCGAUUAUUUAAAGAUGUACUUGCUCUAACAAAGCGCUUUCUGCAUUGUUAAAAGUGAAAUUAUUUUCGUGAGGGUAUUAGUUUAUUUCGUGGUGUGGUGUUGCAUAUACAGCUGUCUCUCUGUAUUUGUUGUAAUUAAUUAUAAAGUUUCCUUCACGGAAGUAGCUAUUCACCUGGUCGCCAUGUGCUACAGAAACUGGAAUGAGCUCCAGCUAAAUGACUAUGAGCCACUUGGCUCCAGUGCAGCCUUAACGUUUUAACCUAUCGGGCGACUCGUUCAUAUAAGAAAAAAAAGCUCUCUUUAUAUGGAAACGCUAAACAUUAGUUGUUAAGUUUCCGAGCUUAACGACGAGAAGCUUCUUCGCUUAAAGUGCUGUACACAUAAGUUUCGUGCUUACUGGUGGCUUAACAGAGUCGGCGAAUGUCUUAGCGAUUAAUUUGCAAAAAGUGAUUUUGUCAGGGCACUAUCGCUGUUUCCUGAUGAUAUAUAAUUGAUCUUAAUUUUUACGGGUGCCAAAACCUUUGGCUUCGCUCAGUUUCCUUUCCUUUUACAACAACGGUCGUCAGAACGCCAAUCUAGGCUGAAAGAGGUCAAACAAAACUCUAAAUCAACUUUUUUCUCUUUCAGAUGGUCAAAUUACACAAUAUCUGAGAGAGAAGAAAUAGGGCGGCAUUGUAAACGACUCAUAGAUGCUGGGCGUCUGUGGUAUCUGGAGUCAUGUGAAUUUAAUGCUAGACUGGCGUUUUAUGUCGAUUCCAGCGUUUCGUUGGAAAACGCUGUUCUUAUAGCGACACCAAACACGUAGCAUUCCUCGCAAAGACAGAGUGUAUAAUGAAGAAAUUUCCAAAUUGUGAUGUGGGAGGAUUUCACUCCCUUUCAAGAAUCACCUGAGCGAAGGGAAACGUCCCAGAGAAUAAUGAUCUUUUGAGGUUUUUUCUUUCAUUCUUCCCGCAUAACUGUUUGUCUGUCUGAUAGUCUGUCCUUACUCCCGUCCGUUCGUUGAUACCUUUCAGUGUUCAUCUUUUGUCUGCAGUCUCUUUUUUUUCCUAACAAGAGGUUACACGGAGCCUAUAUUCUGGCCGGAUUUGCGGUGUAGAGGGAACAAAUUAAACGCCUUGCGGUUUUUAGCAAAAUCGCUGUUGAGUGCUUCAUAUUGUUUACUUAACAUGGAUAAAUAUGGAGAUGAAGACUUUUGAACAAGUUGAUGCCAUGACAAAUUGAAAAUAUUAAAAUCGCGGGAUGAAAUGCGGGCACUGACGUAAGUACCGCUGCAAAGUCAACAGAAAAGGAAAAAGUCGGUUAUUCUAUAAAACCAGUACUAAAUAGAAUCUUGCGUUUAUCAUAUUUCCGGUUGCAAAAUUCAUCAAAUUUUAACGCUGCGAUUCAAAUCGUAUGUUUUUUUCGUCCGCUAAAGUAAUUUACUCCCAUCGCCAAUGUCUACACAAUAUAAUUGAAUUAAUUAAUCAAAUUAAAUCAAUCAGCC